UGCAAUGCAGAUGCAGCCAUCAUCAGCCUCGACAAAACACUAUUGCGUUGCAUCCACAUCAUCAUACACAUACUUAUCUUUUUUCCUGUGGAAUACCUUCACAUUUAUUAUAUAUUUAAGGUCCCCAAACUUGUUUAGCUAGAAAAUCUGUGCGCGAGUAUGACAGCCUCAAACGCAUCAUCGCGCAUGCUGGAGCUGAUCCGCCAGCACCUCCUUGAAGACGCGGACUCGUUCUUCGACAACGUGACUACACUCUGUUUCUCAGAAAUCGAGUCUCCUUCAUCCGGGUCGGACCUCAAAUCUCCGGUUGCCCGGUACUUCAGCGCCGGCCCGGAUGAUGAAACGAAGCCGCAGAUAAUUAAAGAGGAGGAGGAGGAGGAGGUGAAACCGGAAGUGGAAUACAGUGCGAGGAGGCGGUACAGGGGAGUAAGGAGGAGGCCGUGGGGGAAGUAUGCGGCGGAGAUAAGGGAUCCGGCGAGGAAAGGGAGCCGGGUUUGGCUGGGGACUUAUGACACCGAUGUGGAUGCCGCAAGGGCUUAUGACUCUGCUGCUUUCAAAAUGAGGGGCAGAAAGGCUAUUUUGAAUUUUCCGUUUGAAGCUGGGAAAACGUCGCCGCCGUCCAGCGCCGGCAGGAAAAGGAGACGACAGAGGAUACCGGCUGAUUCUCUCUGCACAACAACACAUAAUUAACUGCUACUUCACCUAGUAGUAUUUGGAAAAUUAUGUACUACUACUCCUCCUACUACUAUUAAGACAAUAGUACUACAAUACUUGUGUGUGAGAAUUGAGAUGCUACUACCUACUAUUUUGUAUAGUGAAAGUUAUACAGUUUUGAAUAGUGGAGUAGUUCAAUGUUAAUUUAA